AUGAGUCGUUGGUUUAAUUUUGGUGCAUCCAAAGACCAGGAUCAAGGUCCUAAGACCACCAAGGCCUUGCCAGCUUCUUGGUAUCGGUCUUCGGCUAUGUAUGAUCUUGAACGACGGGCCAUCUUUUCCAAGAAGUGGAUUGUUGUCUCUCACAAAGCCAGAUUCAUCCAAGCAGGCGACUUCUUACGCGUAACAGAGGCUGGAUUCACCUUUUUCUUGAUCAAAGAUCGACAGGGAGAGAUUCGGGCCCACCAUAAUGUUUGCCGACACAGGGCGUACCCGCUGAUCGAACAAGACUCUGGCAAAUUAUCGAUCUUAUCAUGCAAAUAUCACGGCUGGUCAUAUGGAUUCGAUGGCAAACUUGCCAAAGCUCCAAAGUACCAAGAGAUAGCAUCCUUUGAUAAGUCCGCCAAUAGUCUGUUCAAGGUCCAUGUCCAUGUGGACAAACUUGGCUUUGUAUGGAUCAACAUGGACUCCAACCCUACCCCAACCGUGGCUUGGGACGACGAUUUUGCCUCAGUCGACACUCAACCACGACUGCAGGGAUUCGACAUGGAAGCGUAUGAUUUUGAUCACCAGUGGGAAAUGAUUGGCGACUACAACUGGAAGACGCUUGCCGAUAAUUAUAACGAGUGUUACCACUGCCCGACCGGACACCCAGCACUGAACGCCCUCACCGACCUGUCCAAGUACUGGGUUGAAACAGAUGGCGGUCAUAUCCAGCAUUUUAAUGUCGAUAAAUCUGACGCGACAGGUAUGGGUAUCUACAGCACCUUUUACUAUCCCAACGCGUCCAUUACCAUCUCUCCCGAUUUCUUCUACAUCAUGCGAUGCAUUCCUAUCUCGGCCAGUCAAACUAAGAUGGAGUACGAAGUCUAUCGACAUAAGAAUGCUUCCGAUCAUGAUUUCAAUAACAUCAGUGACUGCUUCAAGCAAAUUCUCAAGGAAGACAAAGACUUGUGCAAUGCCGCACAAAAGAAUCUCAACGCGGGUAUCUUUGUUAAUGGCGAACUUCACCCUCGGGUAGAAAAGGGCCCCUUGUUCUUUCAAGAAAUGACACGUAAAUUGGUCACGGAACAUUACAAACAAGAAGAGGUCGAGGGACACCAAAUUUGGCCGGCUAUUCCCAAGAGUAUGCCCUCUGGUGAAAGUCAGGAAGACGAAGACUUCUGCAAUAAGCUGGAAUGUGCUGGAUCUGAAGGUCUCGAGUGGUGA